AUGACAACCGAUUCCAUUACUUUUAAUCAUAUUUUGGGACAAGGACGGGUAAAUCAAUUGGGUGGUGUAUUUAUCAACGGGCGCCCGCUACCACUUCAAAUACGGGAGGCGAUUAUUUCGAUGGCAAAACGCGGAAUCAAGUGAGUUUGAGGUUGUGGGAGCUUGGGAACGGGAACGGGGAAUAAUUAAUGGAUAGGUCCUAAUUUUUAACCAAGGUAUACUACCCAAAACUGUUUUUAGCUUUAUUUCUCUCACGAAAAAAUCACUGUUUCAAAAAUUUUUCAAGCUCACAGAUAUUGUUGAGUCUGGCAAUUUUUCUCGAAUUUUUUCUGAAUGAGACUUAAACCUAUUCAAUAAAAUCUAGAAAAAAUUAAAAUAACACAAUCUUAACACAUUUUUUUGAGUGAAAGAUCGCUCCAUCGAAAAAUAUAAAAAUCCAAAUUUUUAAAUUUUGAAACAGUUAAUUUUUCCCAAAGAAUUUUUAAAAAGAAAUUUCAGAUUCUCCUUGAGAAAUUAUAUUUUUUGUGAAACUGACAUUUUCCGUUUGCCUUUUCUGAUUACUUUUAUGAAAAUCAACAAGAAAUUUAAAAACUUUUGAAACAGUGAAUUUUUUCCAAAAAAUUUCCAAUCAAACAAUUGGUAAACCCAAUUUCUGAUAUCUUACAGACCAUGUCACAUCAGUCGUCAGCUCAAAGUUUCACACGGCGCCGUCUCCAAAAUUCUGAAUCGCUACGCAGAAACUGGCUCAAUUUCUCCCGGACAGGUAACUGUACAGUAACCCAGUGUUUUUUGUUUUAUAUAGUUCCGACAGGUUGUGACCACCCGGUGUGAACAAAAAAAGACACCUGGUUGAAGAAAUUCUUGGCGGGAAAAACAAUUUUGAAAAUCAAUGUCAAAAUUUGCAUUGAAAAAAAGAGUCGGGUCUCGAACCGAAGACACUGAACCUGGCAAAAGUUAUAAUGUAUCAAUUGUUUUCUGUUUCAGAUUGGCGGAAGUCCGAGAGCUCGAAUAACAGCACAAGCCGUCGAAAAAGAGUUAAUUAUAGCGUUCGAUGAGAAUCCGAAUUGUGGAGCAGCGGAGUUGCGAGAAAUCCUAAUUCAAAAAGAAGUUUGUACACGUGGAAAUGCACCGACUGUGGCAGCAAUUAAUCGAGUUAUUAGAACUAAAGGUGGGUCUUUUGAAGACUUUUUUUUGAAUAUUAAGAUUUUGAUACAAUUUUUUGCAUGUGAGAACUCAUCAAUAUUCAGAAAAAUUGUAAAAAUUUUUCUUUUUUUUCACAAUCAACCGGCUCAACAAGAAAAACUAUUUCACAACAUUAUUUAUUCAAACUUUGAAACAGUGAAAUUGUUUUUAAAAAAAAGUUUUCAAAUUUUUUUAAAUCGUAUUAAAAAUUUUGAAACAGUGAUUUUUUUUUAGAUUUCACAAGCUCUCGUCAGAAAAAUUAUGAGUCUAUUGAUUUCUGGAAAUUCAAAGUAUUGAUUCAAUUUUCCACAAAUCACCGUAUCAGAACUUUUCAAAAUUAUAUUUUUGAAACAGUAAACUUUUCUCAAAGAUUUUUCUAAUUUUCAAAUUUUUCUAGUGCCAACCAAAAAAAUGGAUCGAAAACGUCUGAGCUACAGUAUUGACAGUAUCCUUGGAAUUUCAAUCGGUUAGUUUUUUUUUCUCAAAAAAGUGUCCUCGAAUUGUUGCCAUUUUCUCACACAUUUCUCUAUUUCCUGUCCUGUCCAAAAAAAAACUAAUUACAAACAACAACAAAAAAGUGUUGUAAUUGAAUUCCCCCAAAAAAAAACGGCAAAAAGAAUACGGUAGUUUGAUUAUUCCCACACCGUGUGUUUUUUUGCUGAUGGUCGUUAAGAAAAUAUUUGAUGACUUGAUGUGACUUGAGAUGCGAAAAAUGGAAUUUAAUACGGUGUGAGAAAAGAUAAGAGAAGAAAUUCGAUUUUGAUAAGGAAGGUUAGACAAAUUUUGUGGCGGCGGCCGCCGUUUUGGGAAAUAUAUUUAUUUGGAUUUGUGUAUCAACCUGUGAGAUAUUUAGCCAGCAUGACGAAUUGAAACGGAAAGAAAUACUGUAGAUUGGUUCGAAAUAUAUUGAUUGGAAUUUAGGGUUUCCAGAAUAAUAUUCAAAAUUUGGAACACUUUAAGUAAAUAUGAUUCCCAGAGCCGUAAUAAUUACAGUAGAAGUUUUGAGUAAGUAAUUAUCAGAAGAUUUAUCAAAUUUAAUAUUGACUUGUCAUGUAUUUAGAUUUUCAAAUUGGUGUUAAAUUUUUAAAGGAUCAUUAGGUCUUCCGUUUUAAAAAUACCAUACUCUUUGAUUGUAGUUCCUUUUGAGAAGAAUAAUCGAAAUUUGUAGACCAAAAAAUGUUAAUUAACUGAAAACUAUAGUAAUUUUAGUGCUCAUUUUUCUUCCAUAUAAAAUUUUUGGAUCAGAAAUAUUUCUUGCUAAAAAUUUCCAUAAAAAACCAGUCAUCUUCUUUUGAUAUGACUCCCUAAUUACCGUACUUUUUUCUUCAAAAAAACCAAUUCACACAUUUAGUAUUUUCUCAUGUACCUAUAAUCAUCCCAAGGUUGCUACAUAGUUUUGUUGGUUUUUUGCAGCCUCCUUGACAAUAAUACCGUAAUCUUUCAAUCAACCUUUUUUUCUUCAAUUGUUUGUUCAUUCACAAAAAACGGAGGAACAUAGUUUAGCGCGCGCAUAAAAUUUGAUUGGGCGUAUUUAAAUAGGGACAAGAAGAUAUGUUAUAUGUUCAUCAAGUGCGCAAUUUUAAUGGUGGCAAAUUUAUUGGGUGUUGGAAACUUGGUGAUUUAUUGGAUCAAGAUAUGGGGGAAGAAGAAGGAGAAAAAAGAUUGUCAAGGAAAAGGAAAAGGAAAUUGCGGGGGAUUUGAAUGGAACUGAAAAGGCAUUCAAUUUUUGAGCAGCCAGAAUACUGUAGCUCAAAAUUUAUCAAUCGUUUGCUCCAAGAUUCCGUAUAUACUGUAGGUGUUAAGCUAUAAGUUAGCUUAACUUUUUAGAAUUACUGUAGCUCGAGAAAUGAAAAUUUUGCGCCACUUUUUCAAAGGUUCUGUGCCCUUAUUUCACACAAGUACGGUUUUGCCCCAAUUUCAAGAGGUACUGUAGCUCAGCAUGUAACUGAUGUGAGUUGAUUUUUUUAGGAGCUUUAAAAUUAUAGGCUUUUUGAGCCAAUGUUGUUCAAAAUUUACAAAUUCUUCAAAUUUUUGUGCUAUUUUUCUAGAAAGUGUAGAUCAAAAUUUCUAAUAUUUUCGUGCCCUUAUAUCAGCGAUACUGUAGCCCAAGUUUCUCCCCUCUUCUCAAAUCCCCCAAAUUUCUAUUAAUCUUUAAACGUUUUGAAAAACAACAAAGUUCGACAGCUGAAACCGUGAUAUUUCUCAUUAUUGCAAUGAUUUUUUUGACAUUAACACAAUUAGAAAAUGACUGACUAAGACAAAGUUAAUAAAUUAUGAGAGAGUGGCGCGCGAACAACCGAAAUUAUCUGAUCAUGACAAAAAAAAGUUUCUCGCUCCGGUGGCGCAACAUGAUAUAUUUGAGGUAAUUAGAGAUGGGCCCGGCCGCAAAUAAAUGAGAAUUGUUUCGAUUUGUGACACCUCACAGCCAAGAAGGGUUUAUGGGGUUAUUUUAUAUUGACAUAUUACAUAUUUAUUGGGAAAUAAGAUACAAAACUGAAGAGAGAGAGAGAAGAUUAGGUGUCGAUUAGAUUUUUAUAGACUUACAAUGUUAGAAUCAGAUAUGUGUUAGUUAGGAAAAAUUGAGAAGGAUACGGGGGAUUUUGGUAACAAUUUUGAUAGAAAUCUCAAAUACCCCUUUCAAAUGUUAGUCAUUUUCUAGACGAAUGCUCCAAAUCAUCUUCCGAUGAUGAUGAUUGCUCUUCAACUUCUCCAACCAACGAAUCAUCGCGAAGAAAUCGAACAUCUUUCACUUCCGAUCAACUCGAUUCUCUUGAAUCAGCAUUCAAGGUAACUAUUUUGUUUUUCUACGCACUUUAUCUUCACCUGCUUUGUGUUUUUUUUUUCAGGCAAACACAUAUCCAGACGCAGUUGAAAGAGAGCAAAUAUCAAAAGAGACUGGAUUAUCCGAGGAGAAAAUCAUGACUUGGUUCUCGAAUCGAAGAGCCAGAUGUCGCAAAAAUAUGCCGAUUUAUCAACAAUAUUCGACAGGAACUGGAAAUGGAACAACAAAUACUACGGUAGGGGAACCACCUGGGGUGAAAGAGGAAAAAAAGAGAGGAAAAACCUUGACAUUUUCGAGAGAGGAAAACAAUAUUAAUUGGGGUGAAAAAAUCACAUUUUUUGAAACAAAGAAAUCGUUCGAACUGUGCGAUUUGGAGGCUUGUUUAUCGCAAUUUUGUUAUCAAAAACUACGUAGUAUAGCCCUCCAGCUACUCAAAAGUAGCUGCUUGAGUAGCUCGAGCAGAUUAUCUGCUUAUCUACUCGAGUAGCUAAGCACGCUCAUCUGCUCGAGUAGAUAAUCUGCUCAUCUGCUGAGUAGCUAAGCGUACUCAUCUGCUCGAGCAGAUUAUCUGCUUGCCUGCUCGAGCAGUCUACUCGAAAUCUGCUCACUUGUUUUUUGAAGAUGAAUUUGAAAUUUUUUUUAAUGACUGAAAAGUUGUAAGUGAAGUAGGACAAGCUUGAAUUUCAGCUUCUGGUGUCAUUUUAGGCAGAAGCUGACUUUUAAAGGAAGUAUGCAUGAAAAAUCGAUUUUUAUGAAAUUUGAAAUUUAAGGGUAUUUCGAUAUGGGGAACAUCGUGGUGAGACCCAUUCGGCCCAAAAAUCUCUUUUAAAGGACCCCAUCACUCAAAAAAAUUUUUUUUUGAAAAUGAGUUAUUUGGGCACGGGGAACAUUUUGGUGAGGUUUACGGUCGGGAACAGACUUUUAAAGGCGCAUGCCAGGCUAUUACACAUUUUCCGAGAUUUUUUUUUCAAACUAUCAUAACUUUUUUAUUUUUGAAGCUUUUUCGAAAAUUCGACAACCAUUUUGACGGUCAUGAAGCGGGCUACAUUUUUUGUGUUGACACCGACUACCGUACUUCGCUCCUAAGAGGUGAAAAACACGGUUUUGUUCGAAUUUACAUCAAAAAAUGACAUUUUUGAGAGAUCUGAGAGACAAAACCGUGUUUUUCACCUCUUAGGAGCGAAGUACGGUAGUCGGUGUCAACACAAAAAAUGUAGCCCGCUUCAUGACCGUCAAAAUGGUUGUCGAAUUUUCGAAAAAAGCUUCAAAAAUAAAAAAGUUAUGAUAGUUUGAAAAAAAAUCUCGGAAAAUGUGUAAUAGCCUGGCAUGCGCCUUUAAAAGUCUGUUCCCGACCGUAAACCUCACCAAAAUGUUCCCCGUGCCCAAAUAACUCAUUUUCAAAAAAAAAUUUUUUUGAGUGAUGGGGUCCUUUAAAAGAGAUUUUUGGGCCGAAUGGGUCUCACCACGAUGUUCCCCAUAUCGAAAUACCCUUAAAUUUCAAAUUUCAUAAAAAUCGAUUUUUCAUGCAUACUUCCUUUAAAAGUCAGCUUCUGCCUAAAAUGACACCAGAAGCUGAAAUUCAAGCUUGUCCUACUUCACUUACAACUUUUCAGUCAUUAAAAAAAUUUCAAAUUCAUCUUCAAAAAACAAGUGAGCAGAUUUCGAGUAGACUGCUCGAGCAGGCAAGCAGAUAAUCUGCUCGAGCAGAUAAGUACGCUUAGCUACUCAGCAGAUGAGCAGAUUAUCUACUCGAGCAGAUGAGCGUGCUUAGCUACUCGAGUAGAUAAGCAGAUAAUCUGCUCGAGCUACUCAAGCAGCUACUUUUGAGUAGCUGGAGGGCUAUACUACGUAGCACAACUCUUAACAUUGUUUGACCUUUAUGUCUACGUUUACUAGGUUUGCUCAUUAGUUUUUGCUCAGAUUUUCAUGGUCACGGAAAAAAUUUGUAGAGCAGCUUUGGCGCCUAAAGGUUUUAUAUUUUCAAUCCAUACAGGAAUUUCGGGUUACUGUAGAUCGAGAUCCCAAAAUAUAAGCCUGUUCAAGUUUACUAGCUGAAAAUCUGUGCUUUGAAAAUGUAUGACUUUUUUCGUAAGAUAACAAUAUUAUAUCAAACAAGUCCAGAACACAGAAACACUUUAAUUGAAUUUUUGAAACAGUAAAACAUCUUCUCUUAAAAAUCACUCCAAUUUUGCAGCCGUACCCAUCACUUCUCACACCACCAAUGCUUUUCAUGCCAAACUACAGUACUCCAAUGCUUUUUGCACCGCAUUUCAUGACAAAUAGUCCACCCUCAUAG